UAUGAUAUUAAUUGAUGAAUCAGAAAAAAAAAUAUUAAUUAAGCAAAUUGAUAAUGAUAAUGGCAAUAACAGCAACAACAACGACGACAAUGAUGACGAUGAUGAUGAUGAUGAUGAUAACAAGUGCCAUGAAAUUUGGUCUAGAAAAGAAAAAAGAAAAUGGUUCAUAUUGUUACUGAGUGGUACAUGUUUACUUUAUGCAACAAGAACAUCUGUUCCCUUGUUGAUGCCAAUAAUUAGCCAAGAAAAAAAAUGGAACACAACUGAUUCGGGUAUAAUAUUAUCAAGUUUUUUUUGGGGCUAUAUAUUAACUCAAUUUGCCAGUGGUUAUAUUAGUGAUAGAAUUGGUGGAUUAAAAAUUAUGUGGAUUGCUGCGAUUGGUUGGUCAUCAAGUACAUUUUUUAUUCCAAAUAUUAUUGAUGUAUUAUCAACAACAACAACAACAUCAUCAUCAUCAACAACAACAACAACAACAACAAUAACCCAACAGCAACAAAAUUCAUUUGUCAUUAAUAUUAUUGCAUUAACAAGAAUAAUUAAUGGUGCUUUUCAAGGAAUGCAUUUUCCAAGUGUUAUUAGUUUAACAAGUAAACAUGUUAAUGAAUCAGACCGUGCUUUAUUUUUUGGUGUAUUAAUAUCAGGAUCAGCACUUGGCACAUUAUUAACUGGAUCAUUGGGAUCUUAUUUAUUAUCAAAAUACAAUUGGAAAAUAGUAUUUCAUGUCAUGGGGAGCUUGGGAUUUUUAUGGAGUACCACAUUGUAUUAUCAAACUCUUGAUAAUAAAAAAAAUAAAAAGACAAAUUUUAUAAAUAAAAAUAAAAUAAAGACUAAUAAUAUUAAAAAUUUAUCAUGGAGAAAAGUCUGGUCAAAGCCUUCAUUUUUAUCAUGUGUUUUUACACAUGCUUGUCAAAAUAAUUGUUUUUUCGUAUUACUUUCAUGGAUACCAACUUAUUUUCAUGACGUUUAUCCAGAUGUUGAGGGCUGGAUGGUUAAUAUGGUACCUUGGCUUUCAUUUGUACCAUGUACUUUUAUUGGAAAAUCAUUGACUGAAAAAUUAAUUAAUUCUGGAUAUUCUGUAACUGUGACUAGAAAAAUUAUUGAAACAAUUUGUCUGACAAUGCAAAUUGUCAAUCUUCUCAUUUUAACUCAAGUAGAGACUUAUUACAGUGCUAUGCUUUGUCUAAUGUUUAUUAUUGGUGGUACUGGAUUUCACAAUACUGCAAUUGCAAUUGUACCAUCAGAUUUAGCACCAUCAGAUUCAGGAAGUGUUUUUGGUUUAAUGAAUUCAAUUGGAGCAAUACCUGGUUUUGUUGGUGUUUAUUUUGCUGGUCAUAUAUUACAUAUGACACACAGUUGGCCUGCAGUAUUUGUAUUUAUAGCAAUAAUUGAUGUACUUGGAUGGAUUGUUUAUUUAAUAUUUGGAUCAAGUAAAGCAAUUAUUUAGCUAUAUCUAAAUUUAUUUUCAACAUGUCAACAUCCAAUGUUUACAAAAAUAAUUAAAAAAAUAAAAGCCAGAGGUCACUAGUCUUAAUAAUUUAGAAUUAUUCAAUAGCCCCAUCUUGACCAAAUUAAAAUUUACAAUUAUUAUUAUUAAAAUUAAAUAAAUAAAUAAAUGAAAAAAAUAAAAUAAACAACAAUGCACAAAUUAAUAUUAUAUUUAUAAAUUCAUAAAUUUACAUUUGACUAGUAAAACAAGUAUUUUUUCUCAAUGGUGUUGUAAAUUUUUUUUUUAUCACACAAAAUAAUAAUAUAAAUUUUUUAUUUAAAGUCUUCAAAUGAUUUCGUAUAAUUGUAUUUCAAGUUUAUUGUUAAUAAUCUCGUCAAUAUUAAAUG